UAUACAAAUUCAUCUUGGAAUUCGCCUAAAAUGCAAUAAAACCAAAAUUAACAGUAAUGUUUACCGGAAGCUCUACAAUGACUUAUGCAAAUCGACGGGAACUGAAAUGUAAAUUUCAAGCGUGUCCAUGUGAGAAGUGUGCGUCUUUUCGUGAGGAGCGUUUGGCUAGCGGUUGUUACAAUGAGCUAUCCGAUACACCGCCUGAACGGCCCUCACUCAAAUAUGCACAAGAGGCUGACAGCAAGUCCGCCUGCAAACCGUACAAUAUUGGACCGGAGUAUAAACGGAAAUAUCGGCCGAUACGACAGCAGCGGAAACAGGACACUCAGAACACCGACGAAGUCAAGAAAUGUUGUAGCUCGAAAGCAGAUGCUUGUGAUAGUGGCAAAGGUUGUUGCAACACAAAUGGCAACUUUAUGUCUUACUUGAUCAAUGUAAUUAGUUUCAUAGCCUUUACAAUUAUAGCCCUUCUACUGUUUUGGCUUAAAAUGUGCGAAUGGACAUUUGCUUUGUGCAAGAAAACUUAUCAUUCAAAUAGGAAAACGCAACUCAUAGUUAUUAGUAUAACAAGUAUUAUACUUCUAACUAUGUUUUUCACCUAUUUGAUGACUGGUAACCCGCAUGAAAAACAUAUGGCCUCAUGCAAGGGAUCGCAUUGUGCUACUGAAACUAAGGAGUUUACCGUGACUAUAACUGAUGACAAGGCACAUGAAAUCUACAAACAAUCUAAAUUAUAUGCAAUACCACUCGAAAUGAAACAGCCACCCACAUUGCUACUCUAUUUACGCAGUCUUAUUCUGAAAGAUGAAUGAAUUCACAACAAAAAUUAAACGAAUAUUAAAUUAUUGUACAAUAUGAAACAAGUAUUUACUGUUGAAUUUGAGCUUUGUGAAAAGAAAAUACUUUGUACAGUGGUUUGAAAUCCAACU